UGCCUGCCGCGCAGCCUCCAGUUUGUUUACAUCGAUUUAAAUAUAAUAAGAUAUUUGGUACCAUGAUUUAGUGUCACUAUUAGUGUCGAAUAAUAUGGUGGUGUCGAAGAUCAUAUUUUAUGUUUUCGUUUUCCGUAAAUGCGUUCAGUGUUACCCAUACAGCUGCUUGUGAUAAGUCGUUGUGAUCAGUGAAAUUGCAUACCAAUGUUAGUUAGGUAUUUUGUAUUUGCACAAAACCUGCACCGCCGGAUUUCGUGGUAAAGUUUUAGAUGACAGUGGAUAGUGGAAUGACGUUGCCCUUGUUAAGUUUUCCGCAAAGUUUCCAUUCCUGUAAUGUGUCUUCCUUACUUACCUAUGCAUGGAAAUAAUAAGCCAUUAACGGCUUCGGAUCGUCAAGACUCACAAAUAAUUGGACUUAAAUUGAAAUACUGUUUGGAUGAAAAGUACCAUAUAUUCCGAAUUGAAUCCUUAAAAUUUAAUUUUUAUGUAAUGCUGAAUAUGUUUAUUUGUUGCACCUAUUACUCACUUGGUGUUCUCUUAUCAGUGCAUGUAAUUAUUGUCGUGGUAUUGUAGAUUUUUCUUGAUGUUACAACAGUUCUAGUUCUAGAUCUAUAUCCAGAUCUGAUAUAUACAGGUAAAAGCGUCUCUGCUUUUUUGGUUCUUGAGUUUUAUAUUUGUUCUACUUGUAAUGUGUUACUGAUCUACGUUUUAAAAUUUCAUCUUUUUAAUUCUCUAGUAAAAUCUGUUGCUCCUGCUCAUUUAAAUAUUGCGUAAGAAUAUUCCAAAAACCUUUUAUUUGAAUGAGAUUCAUUACCCUAACUCACGGAUAGCUAGGUGCCUCAAAUCGUGUGUAAUUAAUAAUUGUUCGUGCGUGUGUUCCAUCGACAGAAGAUACAUGUUUAUUACGAUUAGUUUCAAGGUACCAUAAGCACCGUCUAAUUGCAGGGGAGUGACAGAAUGGAUAAUUAAUUUUCACAGUGAAAACGUUGUCGUAAGAUUAAUAAUUGAUUGGCGUUUGAGCGUAUAAUUUAGUGAACCGAAGUGAACAGUGAAUGGUGAAGUGAAUUAAAAUGAAGGAAUCGACAGCGCGAUGUGAAGAUGUGGCCGACAAGCUUGUGAGGCUGUUCGGAUGGAGACAGACUUAUCCUGUGCAGAAGCUACAGAGGAGCAUUAUGCCCCAGGGCGCUGAAACGGGUCCAGAAACGUGGAUUGGAGUUCGAGCUCUUCGAGCCAAUUCCGGUGGCAUUCUAGAUCCGGAUGAUCGAGUUUGUGAUGUCGCCGACGACCGUGAAACCCUCACCGCUGAGUGUACCAGUCAAACGCCUCAACCAAGGGCGGCACAAGCAGAUGGCGCUAGUGGAUCAUCAGCUGGCACUGCUUCUCCUGACAUGUUUCGGGGAGGCGGUGGGGUCGGUGGGAGCAUUCGGGUUCCCCACCCUGACUCCUGUGUGGAGGUGGGCGAGGCUGACCUCGAAGAUGGCGUUAAUGGGCUGCAGGUCAGACGAGGCAGUGAACCAUCCUUACACCAGGAUACCUUACCUCCCCAAAGACAGGUGUCAGAACAGACGAAACGCUGGUCGGCGGCGGUGGUCGGACGAGACGAUUGCACCCGCAUCACGCAGAAAGUGCAUCCGAUGUCCGACGGACGACAGCCGGACUCCAAUGUCGAACGACACGGGCACUCCGGUCAACACUUCCAGAGGCAGUCUAAUAGGUUAUCUAUGCAGUUUUCCGGCCCAGGGAGUGGCGUGUGGUUAGAUGCAGCCGAACGAAUACAGAGUUACGGCAGCAAGAGCUUACCGCGCGACGCCAGGAGAGAGCCGCUGGGACAGGACACGUCUUCUGUUAACGACCAUCAAAACCAUAGAGUAGAAGACAUGCUCCGAUGGGUGACGGGAGUUAACAACGUGGCCAGUGCUCAUUCAGUUCAAGAGCGCCCUCUCGAUCUCUUACCUGAAGGGGGAAGCGAACGCGCGAUUACAGGGCUGGAAGUACCCGUGAGUCCGAGCACUAAGCACGUUGGUGGCGCCACACAAACCGUUUCCGUAACUCUGGUCAAGGGCGAGAAGGGACUUGGCUUCACGAUCACGACAAGGGACAACCCUACCGGAGGACAUUGCCCUAUUUAUAUCAAGAAUAUUUUACCAAAGGGUGCAGCGGUAAGCGACGGUCGUCUCCGAGCCGGAGAUAAACUAGUCUCAGUCAAUAACGUCUCGGUGUCGGGACUCACUCAACAACAAGUCGUCGCUCUGCUGAGGAACACUCCCACCGACUCCACUGUCGACAUCGUCAUUGAGAGAACUGUUCCUAAUCGGACACAGAGGGUAGAGCCCCAACAAAGUCCAACGAAGUACGUGGAGAAAGCCAUCGGCACCCCGAACCCCCCGAAACAAGCAGAAGCUGGCGCUGGACCAGAAAAUGGUCGAGUUUCCAGUAUAGUGAACGCGAUCAAUCAGAAUAACCCCAACAGCUCAAUGAGAGGCAGGAUACCGAAGAGCUCUUCCAAAGAUGAUCUAUUGAGUAAAGAGCAGACUCCGGAUAGUGCGCUACAAGACGCUUUAAAUACUUCUUCGGGCUCUAUAUUAGGCUUAAGAAAUCGCCUAAUACUUCGACUAGAUGUGCCGGUUCAUGACUCCGAGAAGGCCGGGCUGGGUAUUAGCGUUAAAGGCAAAGUGACUGUUGGACCAGACCCACAGGACUUGGGUAUAUUCAUCAAAUCAGUAUUAAACGGCGGAGCUGCAUCUCGAGACGGAAGAUUACAUACGAACGAUCAGCUUCUGAGUGUGAAUGGCGUGUCGUUGGUGGGUCAGUCCAACGCUGAGGCGAUGGAGACACUGCGAAGGGCGUUGCUGCACGCCCGGCCGCAGAGGAGUGGCAGUAUAUCUCUUACUAUCGCCAGGAGAACAGAAAGUAUGGACAGCCUGGCGAGGUGGAAAGACGACACUCCACCGAACGGCAACGAUACGACCAGCUCCAACGACAACUCGCAGAACUACAACACCGUCAUAUACACAUCCAGCGAUAAGGAGAACAAGCCUACCGACAACCACAACUACGACGCCAACAAGAACGAGGCCUUCGAUGGCCACGAAGCAAGGACCGGCCCCAAAAAACACGCUUCCAUAGUCACCAUAAACAACAACAGCAGCUGGGUCUCCAACCAAUCCGAUGACACUAAAGGGUAUUUAGAGAGAGAUAAGGAUGUACCUCACGACGCCAAAAGGGAUAGUUUCGAGUGGAGUCGGCUGGAUGGAUGGAACCCGGUGAUCGAUAGAUUGACGGGACUAAGAAACGAGAGCUAUUACAUGGCAACCCAGGUCGAUGUUCCGCAAAUGAAUGGACAUCAUUAUAGACAGAAUCUAGGACACGUACAUAUGUCUCGAUCGCCGCCGGCUCAUCACAACGUUAUCAUUGAAGAGGACUAUAGUACGACGAGGGGCAGCGGCGGCGGCGAGUCCGGCAGCGAGUGCGGAGCCGCGGCCGGCUUCAGUCGGGACGCCGUGGGGCGCCGCUCCAUGUCCGAGAAGCGACACGCCGCCAUGGACGCCAAGCAGACUGGCACAUACAAGAAGAUCAAAGAAAUCAAGGCCAUCCAUUCAAUGCAAGUUGGUCCCGCACUCGGCAUGAGGAAGUCUUCCAGCUUGGAAUCGCUCCAGAUAGCUAUACAAGAAAACCAAAGGAAUCCCAGAAAUGAACCUAUUUAUGCGCGAGCGCACCCACCGUUAAAGCACUGGUUGACUGACGACAACGCCGGCCCGGAAAUCAUCAGAGGAUCGCCUCAACAAUCUUCACUGUCGCACAAGAAACCGUCGCUACUCAAGUCCUUAUCGACAAUGUUCAGAAUAGGGAAGCCCCACAAGAAGACUGAAGGCGAGUGCGGGCGCUCGCAGCCCGGCCGCGCCUCCGAGAAGUCGCUCUCUAGGGACGCGCUCGACCGACACAACCGACUCGACGAGCGGCCUGAAGACAACACGCAACAACAAACCUCUAGGACGGAGACGUCUCAUUCGCGGCAGAGCAGCGGCAGCGGGGACCGAAACCAGCGUCGCCACCCCGCGCCCCCCGUCGCCCCCGCGCCCCCCUACCGCGCGCCGCCGCACCGCACUGUAACCCAACAACAACAGGCUAUGGAAAGCGCCUGGGGUCCCACGGGUCAUUACGUAAACUACGAAGAGAUACAACAAAACCUCAAUACUGAUGAAUAUUCUAGUGCUCGACGCGAGAAACUCAGUGAAGUUCAGAUCGGUCAGAUGAGGAGGCAAGUCCAAUCACAAAGAGCCAAGGCUGAAGAGGAAAGUCGUCGCGCCGGGGGUGGUUACCACUCUCAGCGCUCCUGUAGGGAGGGGGGAGCGCGCCCGCAGUCCAACUACUACGAGUACGACACCGCGCCGCCAAGACGACCCGGGAAGCUAUCGCACUACCAUUGAACAACCCUACCUCUUCCUACUCCGCGGGAUGAAGCUUUGACUGAUAUAUCUGUGUACUUAGUGCGAGUUUUUUAACGUUCUCGAUAGCGUAUAAGUUAACUAUAAUUUGAAUAGAGUUGGAACGUUUGGUCACGUUUGCCGCUAGGGGCGCUGUUGCAACAGCAUACAAAUGUUAACUUUCACGCUAUCGAGAACGUUAAAAAACUCGCACUAAGCUCACUAAUGAUUUGCGAGUAUCGAUUCCUUGACCAAAAUUCUGUAUAAUAAAA